CGGGCGGGCUGCGCCAUGGGCGCCGAGGCCGCGGGGAGCGCGCCCGCGCUGCGGGCCCUGGCGCGCCAGGCCGAGGCCAGCCUGCUCGAGUGCAAGGUGUGCUUCGAGAGGUUCGGGCCGCGCCAGCAGCGGCGCCCGCGCAACCUGCCCUGCGGCCACGUGGUCUGCCUGGCCUGCGUGGCGGCCCUGGCGCACCCGCGGACGCUGGCGCUCGAGUGCCCCUUCUGCCGGCGAGCCUGCCGGGGCUGCGACACCAGCGACUGCCUGCCGGUGCUGCACCUCCUGGAGCUCCUGGGCUCGGCGCUGCCGCCGGCCCCUGCCGCCCGCCGCGCCGCCCCCGGCGCCCCCGCGGCGCUCGCCUGCCGCCUCGUCUUCGGCGGCUGGGGGACCCUGGUCAACCCCACCGGGCUGGCGCUGUGUCCCAAGACCGGGCGGGUCGUGGUGGUGCACGACGGCAAGAGGCGGGUCAAGGUCUUUGAUUCCGGAGGAGAAUGUGCGCAUCAGUUUGGAGAAAAGGGCGACGCUGCUCAGGACAUUAGGUACCCACUGGAUGUCACCGUCACCAACGACUGCCAUGUGGUUGUCACCGACGCCGGCGACCGCUCCGUCAAAGUGUUUGAUUUCUUUGGCCAGGUCAAGCUUGUCAUUGGAGGCCAGUUCUCCUUACCCUGGGGGGUGGAGACCACCCCUCAGAAUGGAAUCGUGGUCACCGAUGCGGAGGCAGGGUCCCUGCACUUCCUCGAAGUCGACUUUCCAGAAGGGGUCCUUCGGAGAACGGAAAGGUUGCAGGCUCACCUGUGCGGUCCACGCCAGGUGGCGGUCUCUUGGCUCACCGGGGCCAUCGCAGUCCUGGAGCGGCCCCUGGCCGUGGGCACCGGGGCCUGCAGCCCCAGGGUGAAGGUGUUCAGCUCCAGCAUGCAGCUCAUCGGGCAGGUGGAGACCUUUGGGCUGAGCCUGUUUUUCCUCUCCAAAAUAACUGCCUCCGCCGUGACCUUUGACCACCAGGGCAACGUGAUUAUUGCAGACACUUCUGGUCAGGCCGUCCUAUGCUUAGGGAAGCCUGAGGAGUUCCCCGUACUGACGCCCCUCAUCACCCAGGGGCUUUCCCACCCUGUGGCGCUGACCUUCACCAAGGAGAAUUCCCUUCUUGUGCUGGACAGUGGAGCUCAUUCUGUAAAAGUCUACAAGGUUGACUGGGGGUGAUGGGGUGUGCUGGGGCCUGGGGCCUGGGGCCUGGAGUCAGAAGCCCCAGGGAUGCCACUGAUCAAUCAUCUAACCCUGGAUAACUUCAUCUCACCUACCCAAUGUGGGUGAUCAUAACUGCCUGGCAAACUUCCAAAGGUUGAGGCAAUUAUUAAAGAAUAAUUAAGUCUAC